GUUGGGCAGGAAAAUCGAGCGCCCCGGUACCCACAGGAGGAAACUAGGCAUUUCUUUUUCUCUAUAUUAAGCCUCAUCGUUCCAUCUAGCUAAAGUAAAAAAAGCUUGAGGUUAUUCAUCAAUGGCAACCAUCGUCUCAAAGCGUCUUAGGAAGACUGAUAUUCAGAAGCGAAUGACGAUCCCAAGCAAGUCCCUUAACUGUUUCCCUGCUUUAAGUGGGAAUGAGCAUAUGGUGGAUUUUGAUGUGAGAGACGAGUGUGGGCAUGUUUGGAAGUUCCGAAUUUACACUCGUAAAAGCAACAAUAAGUAUCGGAAGCCAGUUCUUACCAAGGGAUGGCGAGAGUUCGUUUGCAGGAAAGAGCUUAGUAUUGAUGAUAAAGUUGAGUUUUACAUGGAUAAACAACAAGCUGACGGUAGUGCUGAGUAUCGUGUCACUGUGCAGAAAGCUGUUAAAGUAUUUGGUGCCAUUUUUGCUCAUAAACCAUUUCCCGCAUUUCAUAGUUUGUGAUUGCGUUUAGCUUUACUGCCUUUUCGCCCGUUGUUGAUCAAACUCAUCAUCCCACACAAACAAUCCAGAGCUUUUAUAUUCAGGGCCUAUAAGGUAAAAUGAAACCAGAGCAAAACAGAGCACCAGCAUCUUGUGUUGGGUUAAUUUACUCUUAAAUUAUUAUGAUAAAAAUUUCCUAAAAAGUUAAAAUUUAUCUGAAAAAAAUAUUGAAAAAUUAUAAAAAUAUUCUUUUAAAAUUAGUUUUAUAUUAUUAUUUUUGAAAUUAUAAAAAUAUGAGUUUAAAAUAUGGUUCAAGCUCUCAUCUCUUCGCAUAUUUAUUUUACUUGAAGUUUGAGGAACUUAGUCUCUAUAUAUAUCAGGUUUAAAAUGAAAGUCCAAUAGUUAGCAA